AUGAACGGCCCUCUGGUGGCCUCUGGGACUGGCGGGCUGGACAAGAUUCUGGUAGGGCCCCCUCUGGUGGGGUUGGAGUUUUUAGCCGGUAACGAGAACGGCAAGAGGCGUACGUUUGCAGAGGUGUUGCAGCGGCCUAUCCCUCCUCCAAAAUUCAAACUUUCAGUCCGGCAUCCUGAGGUAAUUAACGGUGAGCUUGGUUUCAUUUUCUCGGAUCUUGAGAUGGAAAAGGCAGCCGAAGAUUUAAAAUUUGCUUUGGUCCUUAAGUUUUUAUCCUCCAGACCUUCCAUAGAUGUUUUACGGAAGAAUAUUAUCAAAACUUGGGGGUUUAGUGAGGUGCCGAUGAUCAGUUUUAUGAAUGAUUUCCAUGUUCUUUUACACCUUGCAAAUGAAAAAGACUACUUACAUGCAUGGGCACGUGAAGGCAGGGUGGUGGCAGGCGUUCCGUUCCGUUUGUUCAACUGGUCCAUGGGUUUUGAUCUGGAAAGAGAACCAUCCAUUGAGGAGCAAUGGAUUUUUUUGCCUGGUUUACCUUUGCAUUUGUAUAGGUUGGAUUGUCUUCAAAGCUUUGCCACACGUUUUGGGAAUUUUUUGGGAACGGACAAUGCUACGGUUUAUAGAACCCGAGCCACAGGGGCACGGUUGUGUGUUGCUGUUGAUCUCAGAGACAAGCAGAUUAAAGGAUUUCCUGUGAUGUUUGGUUCGCAUCAGAUUUGGCAGUUGGUGGUCUAUGAGAAGCUAGGUUUUUAUUGCAAUAAAUGUUAUAGGCAAGGCCAUACGGAGGUGGCUUGUAGAAUGGGACAGCGUGCAAGCCGUGUGCUUGUCGGGAAACAGUCCAGAAACGGGGAAGGGAACAAGGAUGAUGGAAAAAUAUGGAAGGAAGUGGGUCAGAAGAACUCUGCCGUGGUGAUAACCAAAGAAGAUGACCAUGCGAAAAUUAAUCUUGAGCUACAACCUGAUAAACCCGAAUCAAGUAAUGCAGGGGAAAAAACAAAGGAGGGUGCAGAAGUUUCUGUUAAGGUUAUCAAGUCUCUUGUGACGGGCAGCAAAGAAGGGGAGUGUGUUAGUGGGCUGGGGGCAUCAUCUCCUCUUUGCUCUGACGAGAAUAUCCAGCCAUCGGAUUUGAUGGAAAACCAUCUUGCCGUGUGCGUCGUCCAGCAGGAACCUGGUAUUAAUCUUUUAGUGGAGGACUUUGCGGCUGGUAAGUUACGCGAGGAUGCUACUGCUGUUACUCAUAUGGAUGCUGGCCAGCAAUUGAAUGAUAUUAGCGCCCAAGAUAGUGAAGAUGAUUGUGAGGAAGUUUGGUGUGACAGUGUUCCGCAGGUGCAGGCUGAUGGUGAAAAGGUGCAGGAAGACUUGCCGAGUUCGGAGGGCUGGGCAUUUCUAGAGGGUGGUGAGUUGUGGGUGUUCUGGAAUAUUCCUAACAUUUUUGAGAUUGUGCUUUGUAUGACCCAAUCCGUGUCUGGUUGGUUCAAGUGGGAUGCUCAUCAUGUUCUUGUUACUUUUGUCUAUGCUAAGUGUUCAUAUGUUGAUAGAAGAGAACUAUGGCAUGAUUUAGAGGAGUGGACCGACUUGGAUCAGCCUUGGUUAGUUUUGGGUGAUUUUAAUGUUAUUCGCAGGGACUUGGAAAGAGUUGGUGGGAAUCCUCGGCCUUUUAUCUCGAUGUUAGAAUUCAACGAUUAUAUUGAUCAUUGUGGUCUGUUAGAGGAAGCUUGGAACCAGCAGGAUACGGUGUCUGGUCUUCUAAAGCUCUCUAUUCGUCUGAAAAGAACAAAGAUAGCGCUUCGUGCCUGGAAUAAAAAUGUAUUUGGUAGGGUGGAUGUGAAUAUUCGUGCGCUGGAAGAGAGGUUAGAUUUUUUGGAUAGCCAACUUCAAUCAUGUUUUUCUGAGGAGAUUGAGGAUGAUUUUGUGGCUACUAAGACCGAGAUUGAAAUUUGGGAGAAAAGGGAAGCUUCUCGUCUUGGCCAAAUUGCUAAAAAGAAAUGGUUGACUGAGGGAGAUCAAAAUUCGAAGUUUUUUCAUUCAGUUAUUAACCAGAGGCGCAACAAGGGGCAUAUUAGUAAAAUGGUCCUUGCCGAUGGGAGAGUUUUGUGUACUGCUGAAGAGGUUCAUGAGGAGGCCGUGGAUUAUUUCCGUAAUUUCCUUUCUGAUGUCUCUACGGUGGAACACUGUGACUUAUCGAGGCUUAUUGAGAAGAAAAUUUCAGAUGAAGAAAAUCUUUGGUUAUGCGCGGCUCCUUCUGAAUUGGAAGUGAAACAAGCUGUUUUUUCUAUUCCAAAGAAUAGUAGCCCGGGGCCUGAUGGUUUUGGUUCCGGUUUUUAUAUGUCUUGCUGGGAUAUUAUCAAAGAGGAUGUGGUAGCGGCUACUGGAGAUUUCUUCAGGGGUGUUCCCCUAUCCAGGUUUUAUUCUCCCUCUUUUAUUGUUCUUAUCCCAAAAGUGCCUGAGCCUUCUGGUGCGUUUAUUCCUGGGCGUAGUAUUUUUGAAAAUAUUACCCUUGCUCAGGAGAUGGUUCAGUCGCUUCAUAAAAAAUUUGUUGGUGGUAAUGUCUUGAUUAAACUUAAUAUGGCUAAAGUUUAUGAUAGGUCUCAAUGGUUUUCUGUCAUGAUGAAUGGUACCUUAAAAGGUUUUUUCCAGUCUGCCAGGGGUCUUCGUCAAGGGGAUCCUCUUUCUCCCUACCUUUUCAUCCUCAUGGAAGAAGUUUUGUCUCGGUUGCUCAGGAGUAAUUUUCAGGAUGGUCGGAUUGGCAAAUUUAGCCACCCAAUUGGUGCUCCUUUGGUUUCUCUUUUACUUUAUGCUGAUGAUAUCCUUAUUUUUACUAAUGGGGGUAAGAGAGAAGGUGGUUUGGGCAUGAAAGAUCUUAAAGAGGUUCAGAAAUCUCUCCAUAUGAAGUUUGCUUUCCGUAUUUUGUCUUCUAACAAUCUUUGGUCUGAUUUUUUUCGUGCCAAAUAUAUUCGUCAUAGCCAUUUUUCUACUUACAAGGUGAAGCCAACUGAUUCUAGAUUCUGGAGAUCAAUUGUAAAGAUGCUUCCGGAAGUUAUGGACAAUGUGAAUGUCCUUGUGCGUGGUGGUAAUGCUUCUUUUUGGUUUGAUAGAUGGUUAGCUUCAGGUCCCCUUUCCAUACGGGUGGAAGAGAUUACUAAUAACAGGCUGCGUCUUCAAGAUUGUUGGUCCAAUAAUUUUUGGGAUGAGGACUUACUUAGGGAGCUGGUUAGUGAGGAGGUUGUUGAGGAAAUAAUUCAGAUGCCUAUUAAUGUUACUCAGGGUCUGGAUUUGUUUGUGUGGAAGCCUUCUACUGAUGGCAGGUUUUCUACUCGUACAGCUUGGGAGGUGGUGAGAAAGAGAGGUCAGGAAUUACCUUGGCAUGAUUGGUUUUGGCACCAGCUUCUUCCUAGGCUAGGAAAUUCCAGGAUGGAUUACAACCAAGGAUUCGAAACCAGAUUGCCUACUUGCAGAUUGAGAGCUUUCAAGGACUAG